GGACCUUCUCUGCGGCCUUCCUCCUAAGGAGGACGGGACUCCCUCCCCUUCCUGUCGCCGGCCUCAGCUGCAGUCACGGGGUUCUGGGAGCCUCCGCAGCCAGGGGGGCCCCGGGCCUCUGCCGAGAAGCUCACAGACGGUGGGAGCAGGCAGCGGGAGGAGGGAGGCCGCUGACAGGGUGGAGGGUCUGUAUUCGCACGCCCUCCCCCGGCCCGGCCUCCCGCCGCCGGCCUCCCUGGCCACUGCCUUGAGUAAUCACCAUCCCCGGGCACCGCCGUGGACUCCCCACCUAACACUCGGCCGCUGGCCCUCAGUUACCAGUGCGAGGAAGUCCAGGCCCUGCCUUGGCGGGUGGGGUCCGCGGCACAGACGCACCCUCACCAGGGCCUCUGCCCACUGCUCCCGCUGCAGGAAACCCGUCCCCCUCUGUCUCCCAGGGAGUCUCCCACCUCCCCUCUCAGAGUGUUGCCUGCUGCACCCUCCACCCCGGGCCCCAGUCCCGUCGUACUUCCCGACUGUCGUCUCUGCGUGAGCGUGUCAGUGGCUGGUGCUGGAACGUUCACUCUGUGAGGGCAGGGCCUUGCUUGCCUUGGGGAACUGCGGUGUCCCCUCAGACUAGUGCUGGGCCCAUGGUGGAGCUGGAGCCAAGUGCACUGCCCGGGGCCCAGAUCAUCGAUCUGAUGAUGCUGGUCAUUGACGUGACCAAGGGGAUGCAGACCCAGUCGGCUGAGUGCCUUGUGAUUGGGCAGAUCGCCUGCCAGAAGCUGGUCGUGGUGCUGAACAAGACAGACCUCCUACCCGAAGGGAAGAGACAGGCGGCCAUUGAUAAGAUGACCAAGAAGAUGCAGAAGACCCUAGAGAACACCAAGUUCCGAGGUGCACCCAUCAUACCCGUGGCAGCCAGGCCUGGGGGACCGGACGCCCCUGAAACGGAAGCUCCACAGGGCAUCCCAGAGCUCAUUGAGCUCCUGACGUCCCAGAUUUCCAUCCCAAGGAGAGACCCCUCGGGACCGUUCCUCAUGUCUGUGGACCACUGCUUCUCCAUCAAAGGCCAAGGCACUGUGAUGACAGGGACCAUCCUCUCAGGCUCCGUCAGCCUCGGGGACAGUGUGGAGAUCCCCACCCUCAAGGUGGUGAGGAAGGUGAAGUCCAUGCAGAUGUUCCACACACCCGUCACCUCUGCUGUGCAGGGGGACCGGCUGGGCAUCUGUGUCACCCAGUUCGACCCCAAGCUGCUGGAGCGUGGCCUGGUGUGCGCCCCCGAGUCUCUGCACACGGUCCAUGCAGCCCUCGUGUCCGUGGAGAAGAUCCCGUAUUUCCGGGGAUCCCUGCAGACCAAGGCCAAGUUCCACAUCACCGUGGGCCACGAGACGGUCAUGGGCCGGGUGAUGUUCUUCAGCCCUGCCCCCGACGGCUUCGACCACGAGCCCGUGCUGGACUCCUUCGACUUCUCCCAGGAGUACCUCUUCCAGGAGCAGUACCUGUGCCCGGGCUCAGUGCCGGCCGAGACGGACGGUGGGGAGGCCGACAGGAGGGUGGGCCAGGCGUCCGAAGGCCGCUGCCCCCGGCAGCAGUGGGCCCUUGUGGAGUUCGAGAAGCCCGUCACCUGCCCACGGCUGUGCCUGGUGAUUGGCUCCAGGCUGGACGCGGACAUCCACGCCAACACGUGCCGGCUGGCCUUCCACGGCGUCCUGCUGCACGGGCUGGAAGAUAAGAACUACGCCGAGAGCGCCCUGCCCAGGCUGCGAGUAUACAAGCUGAAGCACAAGCACGGCAUCGUGGAGCGGGUGAUGGACGACUACAGUGUGAUCGGCCGCUCGCUGUUCAAGAAGGAGACCAACAUCCAGCUCUUCGUGGGGCUCAAGGUGCAGCUGUCCACCGGGGAGCUGGGGGUCAUUGCCAGCGCCUUCGGCCAGAGUGGCAAGUUCAAGGUCCACAUCCCUGGUGGCCUCAGCCCCGAGUCCAAGAAGAUCUUGACACCCACCCUCAAGAAGCGGGGCCGCGCCGGCCGAGGGGAGGAGGCCGGGCAGCCAGAGCCCGUCCAGCACGUGGCUCUCAGUUUGUCUUUCAAGCGCUACGUCUUCGACACCCACAAGCGCAUGGUCCAGUCUCCCUGAGUGCCCGCCGGCCGCCCCAGGGCACCUUGCCCAGGCCCGGGGGCCACAGUGCCACAUGUGCCUCCACCUCCAGGCUCUCCCCGGAGCCCCCGCACCCCCCCGCCAGGGGACAGCACCGUGCAGGAAUGGGCUUCGGCUCCACAGCUGGUGGCCGGUGUCCCCCAGGCUGCCCGGCUGGCGGCCAGCGCUUGCCAGUCGCAAAUAAAUGCCCCGUGGUGCCGCCCGUUCUGCUGGUCUCUGUGAUUUCCUGGGGUCCCCCCACCCUCCCAGAUCUGUUCCCAAGGGCGAUGUCGGGAACUGCCAGGGCUCCUGCCGAGAGCAGGGCUAGGGGAGGGACCCGUUGGGCUGAGGGGGUCCACAAAGUGUCAGGCCCUUAGGUCAGGCUCGGUGGCCCCUCGGGUCUCCUGGGCCUUGAGAGAGUCCGGGAGUCCUUGGGCAGCCGAGUCCAGGAAUGGCGCCCAGGGGUGUCUGGGAGCAGCGGGUGCCAGGCCAGUGCUUCGGGGCAGAAGGCAGGCUGGGGGUUUGGCCCUGCAUCCCAACACCAGGAGUCCCCAGGCCUUGUGCCGAGCCCCUGCAGCCGGGCCCCUCUCGAGUCCAGCAAGCCCCGCCCUGGCUCCUCUGCCCCCUGUGCCUCAAGCCACCCCACCCUGCAGCCCGACCUGGCCAUACUCAGAAAAGGGUGAAGUGGCAGAGCUGACGGGCUGAGGGGGUAUCAGAGCUUUUAAAGACAUUUGCAGGAUGAACACAUGUUCCAGAGUCCCUUUAUUUGGCCUCCAGGUGGACGCAGAGGCCUCCCUUUUACCCUGGUAAUCGGUGUAUUAUGCUUUAAUUUGCAACAAUGGCAUUAAAAAUAUUAACAGGGAUGGCUCAUAAGCAGACGACUUGGGCCUGGUAAGCCCUGGAGCCAAGGGCCCCGGGCAGAGGAGGAUGCUGUGGACCCGCCGGGCCUGUGCGUGGUGGCCGUGCUGGGCGGCGGGCAGGCCUAAUCCAGCGCCAGCAUGGCUGCCGGCAACAGUGGUGGCAGCCACCCCACGGCAGCCCUCACAGGGUCCCAGACGUCAGGCCAGGCAGCCGUCAGGGCGACAGCUGAGGGCUAGGUGGGCAGGGACAGUCCGGGCCUGGCCUCCAUCCCCCCGGAGCUGGGAAUGGGGCGGGGGCAGCUGGCGCUGCUGCAGCACCAUCAGGAAGCUCCCCUGGGAACCGUCCCCGACACCCCCCCAUGCGCCAGGCUCCGGGCCCCACUCUCGUUUAGCCCCACCCCUGCCCUGCACCCCAUCUCACCAGGGAGGCGGUACCACCUGGCUGAGGCCACCGUAGGUCACAGGGUGGGCUCCCAGCAAGGACUUCAGGCAGAGGCCCCGCCCCCAGCCCAGUCCAGUCCAAGGGGAGCAGGAAGGGCCUUCACGAGCACCUGCUGGUACCAGGCCCCGGGCUGGCCGCUCCCGUGGGUACUCGGCCCUUUGGAGGGGACGCUGGCAGGGCUGGGGCCUCCCGGGACUCACCCCUCAGACGAGGAAACCUUCCUUCGUCGUCCUCAGUGCGUGGGGAGCUAGGUGGGCACCACUGGGACCUCCAGCCAGGCCAAGUCCUCCCCGACUGAGGGCUGUGAGGGUGACCUCUCCCUCCAGGCCCCCUCGGGGUGGCCCUGCCCUGCCCUGCACAGGCUGUGACCGUGAGCACAUCACUGUCUAGCUCCACGUGAGGGGUCACGUGACCCAGCGGGGCGAGGGGUCCUCCGUGAGCAGGUGCUAAUUCUGGGGGCAGAUCCCUGGGAGAGAGGGGCCCCGAGCCACUGCUGGGCGUCACAUCCUGGCUGCCCACUGACCAGCACUGUGCCCUCGGGCAAGUCCCGGCCUCUGCCCGGGUCCCUGGGUACAGCAGGAGAGUCAGAGCAGCAGCUGGCCUCCGUGUCCCUGCAGCCGUGGGAGGGGGACCAGUAGAUGUUGUCUCCCCACCGGGAGACUGGGGGCCUGAGCACCUCUCAGCGGUGGUGUGGGCAGCCCAGACCCAGCUCUGCCCCCAGUCGGCCACUUCUCCAGGACCUCUGAGGGUGCCCACGUCUCGCCUGAGGGCAGCACUCUUCGGAGCCCCGGGAAGCAGGCGGGCUCAGGCCGAGGGAGCUAAGGCCCAGGGAGGAGGGGGCAGCCGAGCCGCGGUACAGGGAGGGGCUGCCAGGGUGCAGUGAGACUGCCCGCGUGGCCAGCGGCCCAGGAGGGGACGCUAUCAGGUCUGGCAUCGGUCGAAACCCGAGCACCCCAGCUGCGUCGGCGGGGCGCAGCCUUUGAAGGGGGAGCACGGCGGGCAGGUAGGGUGGGGGCCGGCGCCUGGUGCUCUCCGGAGCAGUGUCCCCCUUCCCUUGGCUCCAGGCACCCCCAGACCUUCCACGUUUCGUGGAAGAGAGGGCUACAGCGUGCGGAGCCCACCGUGGCAUCAUCACGCACGUGAAGUCGCAGAAUACGCUGACCCACCCGCAGGGGUGGCCGGCGGGGCAGCCGCGGGGCCCAGCCACUGCCUCAGGUGGAGCUGGGAUUUGAACCCCGGCUCUGGACACCUCCAGGGCCCCCCUCGCCCCAGUGCCUCAGCUGCGCCCUGGGGUGGGGGCCGCCCCGCCCGCCUGCCCCCCAGCAUGAAGUCGUGGGCAGGCGCCCUGCCACGGACUGGGGCAGGAGGGGCGGCCGUGAUCGGCAGGCCCGGCUGGCUGGCUGGCGGGGCUAAUGCACCAGCAACGAGAUAAGGCUUAUCUGGAAACGUCUCUGGAAUUGAGACUCUGAUGGAAACAGGCUUCUGGGUUAAUAUACUUCUGACAGAUAAAGUGGGAAGCCCUGGGGGCCCGGGGCAGGAGAAGGGGCAGCUCCUGUUCUCCCAGGCCUCCUACCCUGGCCGGCGUGUGUGCACAUGUGUCUGUGUCUGGGCGUGCACACGGAUCUUGGUCUCUGGGUGUGUGUGUCUCAUUUGCGGAGGCUUUGUCAGGCUGAGUGUCUGGUGAAGAGGUGGGUGUCAGGUCCAGUGUGCACAGGGUGGGCACACACAUUUGUCCGGGGCCAGUUUGUCCCUUGGGCCUCUUCCCCAGGACCUGGUGGGGUGGGAGUGGGGCUCAUCACGCCCAUUCCGCGGACCCAGAGCUUCCUUGAGGUGGCCCAGGACCCUCUCAGUGCCGGCUCACCCUCAGGCGAUCCAGGCCUCAGGCCUCCCCAGUCUCCUCACGGGGCAUAGAAUUUCCAGGUUUCCUUUGAGGGGGCUGAGGCCAGUCCUGGCCAUGGCCUCCCAGCUCCAAGUUCAGCCAUGUCUGUCCCCCAUGGCCAUGACUAGAGUGAGGAAGCCUCUCACUAAGGGGCCACCUGGGCGAGGUCUUGAAGAGGGAGUAGGAGUUUGGGGCGGCGGGUGGGGGGGGGAUGCUUCGGCAGAGGGGACAGCAGGAGUGAGGGCUCUGGUGGGAGUGUGGAGUUGGGGGGCCUGCGAGAGGAGGGACAAGGUCACGGCUCCCCGGUCUCCCUCCAGCCCUGGCUGGGCCUCCAGUGGCCCCCGCACUGGCAGGUCUGAUUAAAAAGAGUAAUUAAUGCCUGGCUGAUAACACAGUCGAGCCAUUAGUUAGGCAGCUCGGCCAAUGCCAGGGCCUGACUGCUGCACGGCACCCAGGCAGCAGGGAUGCUGGGCAUGGGGCGCUGUGCUCCCUGGGGCAGUUGACCCCGACCCUGGGCUCGCGGGGUCUGCUGCGGGAGCACCGUUCCCUCUGCCGAGGGCCUGUGGCGGGGCGGGGAGGCAGUGGGGGCAGCUGUGGAGGGAGGCUGGGCCGAGAAGAGGCCUUGAAGGGCCUUGAAGGGCAGAGGCAGGGCGAGUGUGUCCGAUCAGCGUUCGAGACCCCCCCCGCCCCCGCCCCGACUUCCGACCAGCACUGGACACUCCUGGCCGAAUCCCAGGGCCUCCCGGGGGGCGGGGGCUUCGUGGGCUGGAGGAGGACUCCAAGGUUGGCCGGUGAUGGGCCAACGGGAGGCCGAGGAGGCUGAGGCCCGAGGCCCCGGGGGGAGGAAGAGGACAUGUGGGAGGUCUGGGGCUUCGGCGCAGGGCGUGGAACUUGGCGGCAGGAGCAGAGUACAGAAGAAGCCCAGAGCUGGUCAUUCGGCAUCCACCAAGCACCUCCUGUGUGCUGGACGCGGCGGGGCGGGGGCAGCCCUGGAACCCCCACCCAGGCCAGCAGGUCAGAGGUCGUGCACCCACGAGGUAUUGCUCAACCCCCCACUGUUAUCACCGGGUCCGGUGGGGAGACGGUGCAGCAGAGAGGAACGGCCACUUCCUACGGCCACAGCUGGGCUCUAGAUAAAGGCCCACUGGGAGCCCCGGCCAACCUGGGGAGGGCCAGCCACCCACCUCGCCCCUCAAGGGACACCCCCCAGACUCAGCCUCUAGGCUUCCCGCACAGUCACCGCCAGACAGGGCGGGCGCCCAGCUGCUGAGUGCCCCCCGUCCUGCUCGGGCCGGGGCUUCCGCUCGCCUCCCCAGGGUGGGCCCACCGAGCCCCGCCGAGUCAGGCAGGUGACCAGCGCGGCGCCUGUAUCCGGGCACUGCUGUCACAGCAGCAUUCACCCGGCCCACCGGGGCCCUCGGAGGGGCCGCGUAGCUGGGGGAGGCGCCCCCGCCCACUCUGCCUCUGCCUCGGGGUCUCCGCGUCCAUCUCUCGCUCGUCCUGCACAGAUGACCUUGGCUCCAGGCCCAGUUCACUCCUCCCACCUGCCACACCCUGAGGCGCGGACCUUGCUUGUGCCGCCAGCCGAGGGGGGCCAGUUGGAGGGGCAGCUGGGCGGCGCGGGGUCUGUGGGCCUCGUCACCCGCAAAGGGCGCCCGUGGCGUCCGGUUGGCUCCCCCUCCCACCCUCCUCCCUGCACGGUCCUCCCUGGCGCCUGCCACCCCCCCAGGUAUGAUCACACCCUCUCAACCCCCUCUGCAGUCUCUGGGGGCCUGUCCUUGCGCCUCCUGAGGGCCCGGAGAGGUGGGGGUGGAGCCGGCAGGAUGUAGGAACCGGGCCUUCCCUGCAGCUCCAGGCAGCCCUUGGAAGCCCAGAUUUCCCAGGGCUUCCAAAGCUGGGCCACAGAGCCAGGUCCUGACCCAUCCUGGGCCCUCCCAGUUCCUGCCCCUCUCAGCCAGUUCCUUACCCUGUCCCUAGACUGUCAACACCACCACCACCCCGAACCUGACCAGCACCCCACAUACACCCUUAUCACGAGGGGCCUGCACAGAUACCCGUGGGGAGGGCCUGCUGGGGGCACAGGCCGGUGGGAGGGAGCGUGAGGCUGGUGGCCAGCAAGGAGGGGCCGUAGCCAAGGCCAGGGUAGGGGGACGCGACGUGGCCUCUCGCCUUGGCACUGGGAGGCACACGAGGCGGCGAGAGGGAGGGGACCUGGGACACCUGGCGAGCCUCCCCGCGGUCACACGUCGGCUGCGAGGGGGAGCCCCGCGGCGGGCACGGGUGUGGGACACCUUGACGAGCUCGCUGGGCUUCCCGAGCCCAACCCCGCAGCCCCUGGGAGACACGGGACCCGGGGCUCGGGGCGGUGAGGGCUGGAGACCGGCGUGCGUGAGACCAAGCUGGAGAGAAGAAAACUCAGGGCGUGCGCUGCGGGCCCCGGGCGGGAGAGGACGUGCGAGCCGGGGACAAUGGACGUGGCUUGAGAUGCGCAGCCCAGGGCAGGGUCCCGCGGAAGUGGGCCAGGCGCCUCUGGGUGGCAGGCAGGUGUGGCAGGCUGUUGUGUAACAGGUGCGGGGCGAGAUGGAGCAAUUUGUUCCCCGAUCAGAUGUGGCCCCAGACAACAGGGGACGCUGGCCCCCAAUCGGCAGCAUCUCUCCGCUUCUCAGUAUUCAGGGGUCGAGGGAAACGCGCCCGCCCACCACCCAGGCCCUCACCGGUCACCUGCCUGACUCGGUGGGGCUCAGUGGGCCCACCCUGGGGAGGGUGUGGGAGUGCAGGUCAGGGGAGCAGAGGGAAACUGAGGCAGGAGGGCGGGGUUGGUCCUCUGCCCCAGCCCCCCAGCACGGGGAACCCUGUGGGGCAGGUCCCGGCGCAGAGCUGGCCCGGGGACCAGGGGGUCUGGGUGCGUGUGGACAUGCAGGCAAGCCACGGCCGCCCCUACCCUGUGGACAGCCGGGUGGGCUGCUGUUAAGGAGCAGUUGUCAGUCACAGGGCGCCACUGAUAAGACAGACAAGCAUCUCCCGGUGGCCGGAAGGUGGUGGGAGGAGACCCAGUCCCGGGGGUGCCCCCAUUGCGGGUGGAAACACUGAGGCUGUCGGUUCCGGGCAGGGCGCCUCCCACCCACCCGGGCCGGAAGCCUCUCCAGGGCCUCUGGGCAGCUGCCGUACACAGCGAAGCCAUGGGGCCCCGGCCUGGCCAGGGACGGCCAGCCUGAGGUCACCUGCAGGCCUGAGUGUAGGACGGCAGGUGACUCCCGAGAAGACCCUGGGGGGCAGGGAGGAGCCAGUAACUCACCCUCUCAGCCCCAGCCUUGAAGCUGCAGCUCGGAGGCCAGAGAGGUUGCAGGCGGAGGUCCCAUGGGGCUCGUCAGAGCUGGGGUGCCUGCCUGAGCCCUGUGCUGUGGGGAGUGGCCAGAGCCAGGGACAGUGAGACACAGGCAGAGACAUACGGCGGCAGAGAAAGAGCGAGACAGACGCCCAGAGAGACGGAGAAAGAAGCAGAGAGAGAGAUAGGGGGACCCCGAGAGCUGAGUGCACCCAGGGGAGGGCCCCAGAGACGGGGAGGAGAGAGAGGGUCCCUGGGGUCGGCCCCACUCUGAUUGGCCAGGACUGACUGCAAUUAAAGCCCAUAAUUGAUUCCCUGGUCUGACGAGGAUCAUUUCCAUGCAGAGAAUUAAGGUUUUCUUCCAAGAUGGAAAUAAAGAUUAAUUUGUAAUUUCCUUCCUCACUGCACACAGGAGAGCAGCCCCUGCUGGGAAGAGGGCUGAACCUGGCAGGUGGGCUGGGGGGGGAUGGUGGCGCGAGAUGGGGCAGCCUCCAGGCCUGGGCGCAUGGCCUCCCUGGGAGAGGGCAGCCUCUGGAGGCUCCAGGACCCCUGUGUGCCCAUCACUGGCCCAGAGGGGCCCAGCCUGUCCCCCUCGGGCUCCUGGCUCUGUGUUGGUGCCCCGCUCAGAGCGCUCCCACUGUCCUGCUCUGUACCCUUGGAGGGGGAGGCUUACGACUCGCGGCCCCCUCACGUGGUCUGAGGCCCGGACGGCCACGGUAGAUGAGGCAGGAGAGUCCUCCUUCAGCCCCAGCCUCCCCCCCAGGCACAGCUAAUGGAGCCCCUCCUGGAACUCACACAGGGCUUCCCUGGAGGGAAACACGCUGGAGCCCAGGAGGUGUCCCCACGGCCCCGCGACCCUGCACCCUUCACUGAGGGCACCCCAAGCACAGGCACACAUGCAGAAAGUGACAGCCCUGGGGCCUGUCCAGGCCCAGCCACCGAGGGCCGCCCCUCGGAGAGGCCUGCCGAGUCCCAGGAGGCCAGAGGGGCCACCCACGCCCGUGUCCCCAGGAGCCAGCGUCGCAUCCUCAGACCUGUCCCCGGCAGGGCACACCGUGUGGCCACAUCACCUCCUCCACCCUCUGCAGGCCCACACCUGCCGCGGCCCAGGCACAGGGAGGGUGAUAGGCUGGUCUUCCGGCCCGUGCAACCUCUGAGCGAGCACAGCUGCGACCACUUGCUGCCCCCGGGGACAGCGGUCCGAGCACAGGACGGGGGGUGCCGGCUGUCUCACCAGUGGUCUUCCGAAAUCCUGUCUGCACUCCCUGAGUGCUCCGGGGUUGUGUUCUGCGUGAGCUCUGGGCAGGGCCUCCAGGAUCCCCAAGAAUUUGAACUUGGGCUCUCGGCCGGGUAUAGCCUGAGACCCACCACCCAGCACUUCCCGCCUCUGCUCCCUGCCUGCCCUGCCUGGUCCGCUGUGGGCUGCACAGCCCAGGGCUGUGAACGGCCUGGAGCUGGCUGCCGUGCCUUAUGCCAGCCUUUCCUGACAGCCACCUCUGGAUGACCUAUGACCUCGCCCGGCACACGGGCGGUGGGGAGUUGGGGGAGUAGGUUUAUGAGCAGAGGGGCUGGCGCAUUCCUCCACGGCCUGGUGGCCUUGGCCUAGGUCACCAUCGCCACGGGACUGAGCGGCCGGCCGCCCCCCAGAGUCCCGACCGCUCCUCCCCGGCCCACCUGCGACACCACGUGCUCCAGAGCAGGGACUUCAUCUGGCCUGUGUGCCCGGUCCACCUGGGGCUGGGCGGGCUCACCCCCCGCCCCCCCUCCACUGCUGCCGCAUCCUCCAAGU